GAUCCUUUGUCUAAUUAACUGUGCAGCACUGCUACUCGUCCGGUACAGUCCCACCGAUUUUCCCCCUUUCUCCUUCAUUUCCUCCGGCUUGAAGUCUCCACUUUUUUCGUUUUGGUCUUUGCUUUCUGUUACUCCCCUAAUUGCUCAAUCAUUGGAACCCUAAAGUGGUCUCUCUCAAAAUUCUUCAUUCCCCCGCCUGCUUAUUACGUUUUCAACCUCAAUUUCCACAUAGAUCGCGCUCGCGCCUCGCUUCUGCUGGGUUUAUGCAGGUUGAAUUCAUCAAUGACAUAGCAGCUUGCUGCUCGGUUGCAGCUCUGACAGAGGUACGGAGUUCCAAGUGCUCCUGGGCCUCAUACGGAGUGUAAUUGUGUGGUUUGAUUUCUCGCGCGGUAGGGUUGUGAUUUGUGAUGGCUGCCGUAUGUAAGGCGGAGGCUGCUGCGGUUGUGCCGGAGCAGUUCCCGGUUGGGCUCAGGGUGCUAGUAGUUGACGACGACCUUCUUUGCCUCAGAAUUAUAGAGCAAAUGCUUCGCAAGUGCAAGUACAAUGUAACCAUUUGUUCCCAAGCAACUGCAGCAUUAAACUUAUUACGGGAAAGGAGAGGCUGUUUUGACAUUGUGAUAAGUGAUGUCCAUAUGCCUGAUAUGGAUGGAUUCAAACUUCUUGAGCAUGUUGGGCUGGAAAUGGACCUUCCUGUUAUAAUGAUGUCAGCAGAUGGAAGAACUAACCUUGUCAUGAGGGGAAUUCGACAUGGGGCUUGUGAUUAUCUGAUUAAGCCUAUACGUGAUGAGGAGUUGAAGAAUAUCUGGCAGCAUGUUGUUAGGAAGAAGUGUAAUCUAAGUAAAGAAAAUGACCAUUCUGGCAGCUUUGAAGAUAAUGAUCAGCCUAAACAGGGAGGUGAUGAUGCUGAGCAUGCUUCUUCUGUUAUUGAAGGAGCUGAUGGAGUCUUGAAAACGGUGAAAAAGAAAAGAGAUUUUAAAGAUGAUGAUGACGAUGAUGAUGAUGAUGAAAUAGAAAAUGAUGACCCAGCUAAUGCAAAGAAACCACGUGUGGUUUGGUCAGUGGAACUUCAUCAACAGUUUGUUAGUGCUGUUAACCAACUUGGGAUUGACAAGGCUGUACCUAAGAGAAUCCUAGAAUUAAUGAAUGUUCCUGGUUUAACAAGAGAAAAUGUUGCUAGCCACUUGCAGAAAUUUAGGCUUUAUUUGAAACGGCUGAGUGGAGUUGCUCAACAACAGGGUGGCCUUCCUAAUUCCUUUUGUGGACCAAUUGAACCAAAUCCAAAGCUGGGUUCUUUGGGGAGAUAUGAAAUUCAAGCACUAGCAGCCUCCUGCCAAAUUGCUCCACAAACUUUGGCAGCUAUUCAUGCUGAGCUUUUAGGGCGACCUACAAGUGGUCUAGUUUUGCCAACAAUUGACCAUCCAGCUCUGCUACAAGCAUCUCUGCCAGCCACAAAAUACAUUCUUGAUGAUCAAGCUGUGGCUUAUGGUCAGCCUCUGAUGAAGUGCCCACCAAACAUUUCCAAACAAUUUACUCAACAUUUGUCAGCAGAGGAUAUUCCUUCAGGUGUCGUAGCUUGGCCCCCCAAAAAUGUUUGUGUGGUUCCCAGCAUCAAUCUUAGUGGUCUAGGUGCUCAAAAUGGUAAUAUGUUAACCACAAUGAUGCAACACCAUCAACAACAGCAAAAACAGCAACAAAUGGAGCAACAUCAGAAGUUAUCUACUAUUCCAGAGUCCUGCCGUCCGGUUAAUGUGCGGCCUUCAUGCCUAGUGGUUCCAUCUCAGUCUUCAGCCAAUUUUCAAGUCACAAAUAGUCCUGCUUCAAUCAGCCAGACCAGCAGUUUUAGCAAAAGUAAUGUAAUGGAUUCUAGAAUUCUUUCUCCACAAUCAGGUAAUUCUUCUUCAGGUGCUGGGGAAGUAGCAAAUUGGAAACAGAAACUCCCAUGUAGGUCUAAUAUGCUUUGCGCUACAGGUUCUCUCUCUCCAUCUCUCUCAUCAUGCUCUACGAAUGCUGACAACAGUGCUAGCUGGCAAGUUCAGAACUCAGCAUGUAUCAUUGGUGCUUCUAGACAUGCGGCAGGUGUUGUGCCUAACAUUACUAGCAUCCCUGUUCCGGACAAUCACAAAUCAAAUCAAUUGCUUGACCAGGGACCGAUUAGGAAUCUUGGGUUUGCCAGUAGGGGAUCAUCCAUUCCUAGUCGCUUUGCUAUUGAUGAAUCUGAAUCACCACCAAUAAGUAACAUAUAUCAUUCAAGAAUCUAUAAGGAAACCAAUACAUGCAAAGUGAAGCAGGAGCCAGAUGUGAAUAUUGCUGACAAUGCUAAAGUUAGUGUCCAAACGCUGCAAAGAAUUCCUCCAAAUGACUUCAUGAGUGUUUUUCAGUGAUUAGGGUUAUCCUUUCUGCUGUAAGGUGUCCAAUGUUGCUUUGAAAUUAUAAUGUUCAAUGCUAGGGAAGGUCCCGAAGGAUUAGGAAAGCACUUGCUCGUGAUUUUCUUGUGGUAAUAGAAUCCAUUUUACGAUCAUCAACUGCAGAAUAAGGGUAAGUAAUAGUUUUGGCCUUGGUGUAUUUAGUGAACUGAUAUUUAGGAAGAAGAUCAAUGGCAUAAUAGUGUCCAUUGGGUGCAAGUUUCUGGGUAGGUUCUACAAAUAUUAGGGCAAGUAUUUAAUAUUUUGCCUGCCUUAGUAAUAUUUAGGGAAUAAGUCAAAGAUUAUGUAAGAAUAUUCACAUGACUGCCCCUUUUGCUUUUGUAAUUGUGUAGUGGGCUCAUUCAUUACUUGUGCCCAAUCCAAAUAGUGUAAUUUUUGGAGUUAUGUUAUUUUUCGAAAUAUAUUUGUGUAUAGGUACA